AUGUGGCUAAAAUUUUCUAAGUAUAUAUUAUCUUCAUCAAAAAGUUCAUCAUUAAUUUAUUUUGAAUUAAUUAAACAAUGUCGCCGUGAAUUUUCUCGUAAUGCAUCAAAAUUGAAACUUCGUCGUUCAAAACAAAAUCUUGACCAAUCAAAUAUAUUACGUAUUGAAAGUGAAAAAGAAAUUCACCGAAGUACACUUCUUAUUCGACCAACAAUAUUUACAUUGAGUUUUGUUGGCUGUUCAUUCGUAACAUGUGCUAUUUGGCAAUAUGAGUCUCAUAGAAAGAAAUUAAAAAGACAAAAAGAAAAUUGGCAAUCGAAAGAUAAAUCGCAAAAUAUAUCAUCAAAAUUGAAAAAUAUUUGGUAUAAUAUUCCAGAAUCUAAACGAACAAUUGGAACAAUAAUUGGAUUAAAUUUAAUUGUUUUCCUUUCAUGGAGAAUAAAAAGAUUUGAGCCAUUUUUAUUAAAAUAUUUUACAUCAACUCCUUAUAAAAAAAAUGUUAGUUCAAUGUUAUUAUCAACAUUUAGUCAUUUUAAUGGAAUACAUUUUCUAUGUAAUAUGUAUGUUUUAUGGUCAUUUAGUGAUCCCAUAAUCAAAAUAUUUGGAAAAGAGCAAUUUUUUGCUGUUUUUCUAUCCGGCGGUGUCAUUUCUUCUUGGUUAAGUUAUGUAUCUAAAUUAAUGACACGAACACAAAAUAUUUCUCUAGGUGCAUCUGGUUCAAUAAUGACGAUAUUAGGUGUUAUUUGUACGCAAUAUCCUGAUGCAGAAUUAGCAAUUAUAUUUCUUCCUUUUUUAACUUUUUCCGCUAAAACGGGUCUAAUAUCAAUGGUAUCUUUUGAUAUAGUCGGUACAAUAAUGCGAUGGCGUUAUCUUGAUCAUUCAGCACAUUUAGGUGGAGUUUUCUUUGGAAUCUUUUAUGUUAAAUAUGGUUCUAAAUUAAUGUGGGAAUCAUUGACAUCAAUUGUUCAACGUUGGCAUCAAUUACGAGAAAAAUUUAAAUAA